AUGACAUCAAUGAUUAGGUCGUCUGGAUAUGUGGAUCCAGGUUGGGAGCAUGGUGUUGCCCAAGAUGAUAGAAAGAAGAAGGUCAGAUGCAAUUACUGUGGCAAAGUAGUUAGUGGAGGAAUUUACAGACUGAAGCAACAUCUUGCCCGGAUUUCUGGUGAAGUGACUUGUUGCGAUAAGGCGCCAGAUGACGUGCGCCUGAAAAUGAGGGAGAAUUUAGAGGGCUGCCGAGCUGGUAAGAAAUCAAGGCAAACCGAGUAUGAUGAACAAUCUUAUCUGAAUUUCAACUCUACUGAUGAUGUCGAGGAAGAAGAGCAUGUCAGGUAUAGGAAAAGAGGUAAGCGGAUGUCAGGUGACCGGGAUUUAGUCAUAAGUAUGACUCCACUUCGUUCUCUAGGAUAUGUUGAUCCUGGUUGGGAACAUGGUAUUCCUCAGGAUGACAGGAAGAAGAAAGUGAAAUGCAAUUACUGUGAGAAGAUUGUGAGUGGUGGUAUCAACCGGUUUAAGCAGCAUUUAGCUAGAAUACCUGGGGAAGUUGCUCCUUGCAAGAGUGCGCCAGAGGAAGUCUAUAUCACAAUUAAAGAGAACAUGAAAUGGCACCGUACAGGUAGGAGGCACAGACGACCAGACACUAAGGAGAUGUUUUCUUUUUACCUGAACUCAGAUAAUGAAGAUGAAGAACAAGAAGAGGAGGCAGAUUAUUCUGUGGGUAAAGAUAAACUUGAACUUGGGGAUAGAAGAUUGGACAGAGAUCUAAAUAGAAAUUUCAAAGGGGUGUCUACUUGUAGUGGGUCUGAACCACUGUCGAAAAGGCCAAGGUUUGAUGCUAAUGUUUCGAAGGCGCCCACAAUUCAGAUGCCUGUAUCAAGCAGACAAGCAAAGGCAGGUCCCUUCAAGAAGUCCCGGAGAGAGAUCACUUCUGCCAUAUUCAAAUUUUUCUAUCAUGCAGGAGUGCCUUCUCAUGCAGCCAACUCCCCAUAUUUUCACAAAAUGCUAGAAUUGGUUGUGGUGGAGGAGAUGGGGGAGGAAAAUGUUGUUCAGGUAAUUACUCAGAAUACACCCAGUUACCGGGCUGCUGGGAAGAUGAUUGAAGAUAGGAGGAGAAACUUGUUUUGGACACCUUGUGCUGCCUAUUGUAUUGAUCAAAUCCUAGAUGAUUUUAUGAGGCUUAACCGUGUACGGGACUGUAUAGAGAAAGGGCAGAAAAUUACAAAAUUCAUUUACAACAGGAUUUGGGUAUUGAACCUUAUGAAAAAAGAAUUUUCUGGAGGUGAGGAACUUUUGAGGCCAUCUGUCACUCGGUCUGCUUCAAGUUUUACUACAUUGCUAAGUUUGCUUGACAAUAGGAUUGCUCUUAGAAGAAUGUUUCAAUCAAACAAAUGGAUGUCAUCCAGAUAUGCAAAAUUAGAUGAUAGUAAAGAGGUGAAAAAUAUUGUGUAUGAUUCCUCAUUUUGGAGGAAGGUACAAUUCGUUAAAAAAUCAGUAGACCCAAUAAUAGAGGUUCUCCAGAAGAUCACUAGUGAUGAGAGCCUCUCUAUGCCAUUCAUCUACAAUGACAUGUACAGGGCAAAGCUUGCAAUCAAAAUCAAUCAUAAUGAUGAUGCGCGUAAGUAUGAACCCUUUUGGAGUGUGAUUGACAACCAUUGGAGUUCACUUUUCCACCAUCCGCUUUAUCUGGCUGCAUACUUUUUGAAUCCUUCAUACCGUUAUCGUCCCGACUUUAUUCUGCAUCCGGAUGUUGUACGUGGUCUAAAUGCGUGCAUUGUGAGAUUGGAACCAGACAGUGCCAGAAGAGUUUCAGCAUCCAUGCAGAUGUCUGACUUUGGCUCUGCAAAAGCUGAUUUUGGGACAGAUUUGGCUAUUAGUACCAGAUCAGAGCUUGAUCCAGCUGCCUGGUGGCAACAACACGGGAUAAAUUGCUUGGAGCUGCAGAGUAUAGCUGUGCGGAUACUAAGCCAAAGUUGUUCCUCCUUUGGGUGUGAGCAUAACUGGAGCAUACAUGAUCAGAUCUAUGAACAAAAGCAAAAUAGGUUGGCUCAGAAAAGACUGAAUGAAACUAUUUAUGUUCACUACAAUUUGAGGCUUAGGGAACGCCAGAUGAGAAAAAGGUCUAGCAACUCAAUGUCACUUGAUACUGUUCUUCAGGAAGAUUUAUUGUAUGAUUGGAUCGUGGAGACUGAGAAACAAGCCUUGCAAGAAGAUGAGGAAAUUCUUUAUACUGAAAUGGAACAUGAAGACACGUUUGAGAAUGAUAUACACGAUUUUGAUGACGGAAAUAUAGAGUCAAGAAAAGGAUCAAUGGAGAUGACAGUGCUGGCAGAUGUGGUGGAGCCUUUGGAUGAUGACGAUCCUGCUCAAAAUGAUGAUAUGGCCUCUGGCGAUGAUCAAGGUCUCAACUUUAUCGAUGACGAUACAACAGAAUAA